AUGGCUGGGCAGGGGUCCCCAGUGCUGCUCCUCGCCUGUUUCCUCCUGCCUGGACUGCGACUCUGCCAAGGAGCCAACCUCCUGACUCUCUCCUUCCUAGGGGGUAGCCAUUUCCUUCUGAUGGACGAGAUUUCUCAGCUCCUUCAGGAGCACGGCCAUGAAGUGAGGAUGCUGCAACAGGAAGGACUCACUUUAAUUCCAGGUUUAAAGCCUAAGAGGUCCGGAACGUACCAAAUUACCACUUGGUCUUCCAGUGAGGACUAUAAAAGAAAGUACUUAAAAGAUUUUGAGGACUAUCAAGAAGAAUUUCUGCUGGGCAGAAAUUACUUUAGCCGUUUUUUGGAUUUUAUGGGGCAUCUCGCCACCCAGUGCAGUUUCGUCUUAAACAACUCGGAUGUUUUGGACUUCCUUAAGAACCAGGAGCUGGACCUGCUGGUCCUGGAUGCCUUUGAUCCUUGCACCUUCCUGAUUGCUGAGAAAAUCGGGCGUCCCUCCGUCGCCAUCCUGCCCACCUCGUUCAACUACCUCCCGGUUUGGCAUCCCAGCCCGCUGUCUUACGUGCCCAUCCAACAAUCCUCCUUAACUGACCGCAUGGGCUUCUGGGGGAGAGUGAAGAACUGCCUGAUGUUUCUUUCUUCCCCUGUGAUUCAACGUCAGAUCCAGGCUCAGUUUGAUGCCGUAAUUAAGGAACAUUUCCCAGCAGAGGCCAGACCUUCGCUGCCAGAUCUUUACCGAAAACCAGAGCUGUGGAUGGUCAAUUCUGAUUUUUCUUUUGAGUUUACUCAGCCUCUUCUUCCAAACACGAUUUAUAUUGGAGGCCUAAUGGCAAAACCUGGCAAACCAUUACCCCAGGAGUUUGAAGACUUUGUAGCUAGCUCUGGAGAAGCUGGCUUCAUCUUGGUGACCCUGGGCUCCAUGGUUGCUUCUUUCCGGGUCUUGGAAGUCAUGAAGGAGAUGAACGCUGGGUUUGCGCUCCUUCCCCAAGCGGUCGUAUGGAGAUUCCAGCAUUCCCAAUGGCCUACAGAGGUUCCUUUGGCCACCAACGUGAAGAUUGUGGAUUGGCUCCCCCAGAACGAUCUACUAGCUCAUCCAAGGGCCAAACUCCUCGUGACUCACGGUGGGUUAAACAGCGUGCUGGAGGCCAUCCACCACGGGAUCCCCAUGGUGGGCAUCCCGCUCUUCGGAGACCAGUUCGACAACAUGGUCCGCGUGGAGGCCAAGACCCUGGGUGUCACCAUCCCGGUAGCACAGCUGAAGGCGGAGAUGUUUGCCCACACGAUGAAAAGAGUCAUAGAAGACAAGAGGUAUAAAUCCGCGGCGGCAGCAGCAAGCACGAUCAGGCGCUCGCACCCAUUUCCGCCCGCCCAGCGGCUGGUGGGCUGGAUUGACCACAUCCUGCAGACGGGCGGCGGGGACCACCUCCGGCCCUUCGCUUUCCAGCAGCGGUGGUACGAGCAGUACAUGCUGGACAUCAUCUCCUUCCUUGUGGCGCUCGCCCUGGCCUCCGGAUUCCUCUGUGUGAUGCUGGGGAGAGUGGCCUACCGCAGGCUGUGUGGACUCAGGAAGCUCAAGCAGACGUGACCGGGAAAACCAUCGGGCGAGAGGCCGAGUAGCCACGGAAAAAGACCACGUUGGCCA